UGGAAUCACAACAAACGUGCUAAUGCCAAACAUUCCACUCAAUGAAGCCGGCAUCUUAAUUCUCUCUGCGACAUGAGGUGUUGUUUCCUGUAGCCAGCUAUGGCACCAGGGGAUGUGGUGCCAGACCAUGCCAAGCAACUGAAGUCCAAGGACAAGCGGCCUGGAAACAGGGCAUCAAAAGCAGAGUGUGAGCCUGAUGGCUCCUUUGUCUUCGAGGCUCACGAGGCUUGGAAGGACUUCCAUAACUCCCUCAGGCACUUUUACGAAGUGGGGGAGCUCUGUGAUGUCACGCUGAAGGUUGGCAGUAGGUUGAUACCAUGCCACAAGCUCGUGCUUGCUUGUGUUAUCCCUUACUUCAGGGCCAUGUUCCUGUCAGAGAUGUCGGAGGCCAAACAGGAACUGAUAGAGAUCAAGGACUUUGAUGGUGAUGCCAUCCAGGAUCUGGUGCAUUUUGCCUACUCCUCCAAACUCACAUUAACUGUGGACAAUGUCCAGCCGCUGCUUUAUGCUGCCUGCAUCCUUCAGGUGGAGUUGGUGGCGAGAGCCUGCUGUGAGUACAUGAAGGCCCACUUUCACCCCACCAACUGCCUGGCAGUUCGUACUUUUGCCGAGAGCCACAAUCGUGUGGACCUGAUGGACAUGGCUGACCGUUAUGCCUGCGAGCACUUCAUUGAGGUAGUGGAGUGUGAGGACUUCACCUGCGUUUCUCCCCAGCACUUGCGCACGUUAUUGUCCUCCAGUGAGCUCAACAUCCACUCAGAGACGCAGGUGUACAAUGCAGCGGUGAAAUGGCUGAAAGCAAACCCACAGCACCACGAGGCCUGGCUGGACCAGAUCAUGUCUCAGGUGCGCCUCCCCCUGCUCCCUGUAGAUUUCCUGACUGGAACUGUGGCUAAGGACGAGAUGAUCAAAGGUAACUUGAGUUGUCGGGACCUGAUGGACGAAGCCAGGAACUACCACCUCCACCUCAGCAACAAGGUGGUGCCUGACUUUGAGUAUUCAAUCCGUACCAUACCCCGGAAACACACUGCAGGGGUUUUGUUCUGUGUGGGUGGCCGGGGGGGUUCUGGCGACCCAUUUCGCAGCAUCGAGUGCUACUCCAUCACUAAGAAUAGCUGGUUUUUCGGCCCUGAAAUGAACAGCAGACGGCGUCACGUGGGUGUAAUAUCCGUAGGAGGCAAGGUUUAUGCUGUUGGGGGUCAUGAUGGUAAUGAGCACUUAGGAAACAUGGAGAUGUUUGACCCCCUGACCAACAAAUGGAUGAUGAAAGCCUCGAUGAACACGAAGAGGAGGGGUAUAGCCCUGGCAGCUCUUGGUGGUCCUAUCUAUGCUAUUGGAGGGCUGGACGACAACUCCUGCUUCAACGACGUGGAGCGUUACGACAUCGAAAGUGACUGCUGGAGCGCAGUGGCUCCGAUGAACACGCCCAGAGGAGGAGUGGGAUCUGUGGCGUUGGGGAGUUUCGUGUACGCAGUGGGAGGCAACGAUGGCGUGGCAUCACUGUCCAGUGUGGAGCGGUUUAACCCUCACCUCAACAAAUGGACAGAGGUCAGCGAGAUGGGCCAGCGACGGGCUGGAAAUGGAGUCAGCAAACUGAAUGGCUGCCUCUAUGUAGUGGGUGGUUUUGAUGAUAACUCACCCCUGAGCUCCGUAGAGCGAUUUGACCCACGAAUGCACCGUUGGGAGUAUGUGUCUGAGCUGACCACCCCACGUGGCGGAGUCGGGGUUGCUACCGUAAUGGGAAGAGUGUUCGCAGUCGGGGGCCACAAUGGGAACAUCUACCUGAACACGGUGGAGGCCUUUGAGCCUCGAAUGAACAGAUGGGAGCUGGUGGGUUCAGUGUCUCACUGCCGUGCCGGAGCCGGAGUGGCUGUCUGUUUGUCUCACGUCAGCCAGAUCAGGGACGUUGGCCAGGGCUCCAGCAACGUGGUCAACUGCAUGUGACCGCCGCUCCACUAAUUAUCAGGUGACUGACUGCCAGGUCGCCAUCAGAUCUGAUCAUUGCACAAGCACACGCAACACAAAGCACACAGACAGUGACAGAGUGAUUUCGCCCAGCAACAUUAUUACUGUCAACACAUGUCUGAACAACAGCCUCAAAAGCUGAUGUUCAAUUUGCACUCAGUGACUGAGGAAUAUUAGGGAGAUUUUACUGACUUGAAGUGCAUCUGACAAAUCUGAAGUCUUCUCUGACACAUUCGAGACAUUAUUCUUGACUCAUGCUGGUGUUAUUUGCAAUCAGUGAUGUAGUAUUUUGUACUGUAUUUUCUUUUGUUUGACUGCCUUGACAUAGUUUUGACUUUUUUAAAGGGAAAAUAGAAGCUGAGCCUUGUAUUUAAUACUAACCUCUUGAGAAUGAGGGGUGAGCUUGGAUUCAAAACUACUAGGUUACUUAACCGCGCACAUAAUGAACAUGGGUUAUUUAGUGGGCCAGUAUGAAAAUAAUUCAAAUGUCUCUUGUUUAAGACCAUCUCUGGAUUUCUCUUUGCUCUUUGCUCUGCAGUUGUUUUCAUUAUCUGGAGAGAUGUGAAAAAUCAGUAAAU